AUUGAAUGUAUAUCCAGUGACAAAAGGGAAGGAGAGUCAGAAACAAUAUUUACUUCAACAUUAAAGACAUACGAAGCAACUAUAACAGUUACAUAUUACAAGUGUGGUGAAAAAGGCAACUAUGCAAAAGAAUGUUUGACUGAAAGAGAAGCUUCAGUUCACCCUGAAAGAAGACUAGCCCAAUCAGCCUCUGUUGAGCUUGAAACGAAUGACUUGGAAGAGAAAAUUAGUAAGAUGGACAUUAGUAAAAAAUUAAAUGACGAGCAACAAAAAGAGGCUAAAAAAAUGCUAAAGAAGGAAAAGGAUAUUUCUGCACAAACUGUUGAAGAACUUGGAUACACUAACUGA